AUGCCACGACCGCCACCUUCACGGUGGCUACGACCCCGCAGCCUCAUUCGCACUUGUGAGUAUGCCUGCAUUCUUCUUUGCAUCUGGUCAUCAUGUCUGCCUCCAGGCUCUCGGGCUCGAAAGCUCUCGUCGCAGGCGGAGCCGAGCUCAAGUGAACUUCCAAAGCCACGACUCGACUACCGGAAUCUUGCUGAAAAUGUCGAGUUCAAGUCUCACAAUGCAUUCAAUCGCAAGGCACUACUACCCGUCGGGGCCUUGAGGAACGUAGCUCGCCUAUAUGAAGAACAGACGCAGCUCUCGCGAGACAUCUCCGCUAAGCGGCAUUCCCAAUCCACCAUCGGUGACCGCAUUCGAGCGAGCGCGUCCCAGCCCGAGAGUAAACAGGCCUUGCUGGAUGUGGCGAGGAACCUAAAGGCAGAGAUUGCGGACCUGGAAAGUAGGCUCAAGGACGUACAAAGUCGACUUCUGCCGCUUGCCUUGGCCAUCCCGAAUGACACCCACCCAGACGUCCCCAUUGGGCCAGAGUCUGACGCAAAAGUUAUAGCCCAACAUGGAACCACACCCCUGCCCGCGUCGCCCUCAAGGGAUCAUGUCUCAGUUGGUCGUGCGCUCAACCUACUGGACCUAGAAGCGGCGGCGACAGUGACGGGGAAUUCGUGGUACUAUCUCCUGAACGAGGGCGCCCUCCUCGAGCUUGCGCUCGUCAACUACGCACUUAGCCUAGCCAUCAAGCACGGCUUCACCCCAGUGACGACACCCGAUGUCGUUCGCCCUGACAUCGCUGCCCGCUGCGGCUUCCAGCCUCGCGACCAAAACAUAUCGCAGACGUACCACAUCGCUCCGACGGUAGCUGCCACCGAUGGAUCUGCAAAACCACAUCCAGAGUUGGUCCUUGUAGGCACGGCGGAGAUACCCCUCGCAGGUCUGUUCGCGAACAAGAUAUUCACCUCAGACGAUCUGCCACGGAAGGUGGUCGGUCUGGGACACGCGUUUCGGGCGGAAGCCGGUGCAAGAGGUGCGGACGCGAGGGGCCUAUACAGGGUCCAUCAAUUCACGAAACUCGAGCUGUUUGCGGUUUGCACUCAGGAGUCGAGCGAGGAGAUGAUGGAGGAGAUGAGGCGAUUGCAAGUGGAGAUUGUUGAGGGUUUGGGCCUCUCCUUCCGAGUCCUCGACAUGCCCACAGAAGAACUGGGUGCUAGCGCGUAUCGGAAGUACGACAUGGAAGCGUGGAUGCCAGGUCGCGGUAGCUGGGGAGAGAUCUCGUCCACGUCGAACUGCACCGACUAUCAAGCUCGCCGUCUACACAUCCGUUAUCGUGCAUCAAAACCGCCCCCUUCCACUGAAGCGUCUGAUAACGCAACAGAACGACCAGUGUCCAACGUGUUCGCGCACACACUCAAUGGCACGGCGGCGGCUGUCCCACGUCUGAUCAUCGCUCUGUUGGAGAACGGUGCCCGGUUCGACGAGCAGGGAAACGUGGUGGGAGUCGACCUCCCGGUCGCUUUGCGGCCGUUCUGGCUAGGCAAGAAUGACGGGAGCAUGUUGCGAUGGGUAUGA